GCUAUUGAAUCUAAUUUGGCGUCAAUAAUAUUGAUCACUUAAAUAAUAUUUACUUAAAUCACUUAAAUAAUAUUUGUGGAGGUGUAUGGGCAUUUUGAUGAGCAUGUAGUGGUAAACGUACAACGUAGAUAGAAAAUGUUUGCCAAGCAACGACUUCUACAAUUUUGACAGCGAUAAAUGGUUUGUUGUUGUUUCGUAGUGAUGUCAUGAGCUACGAGCAUUGUAAAAUUCAAUUAAUGAAUUUUCAUUGUGCGGAGCCAUGGUGAAGCUGGGAGAGUUCUCGCCGCUGAACCCGGACCUGCAGUGCACUGGGAGGGCGCUGCUCGGCCUGGGGGAGUACGAGGAGAAGAGACGCAUCCUGCUGGAAAAGAAGAAACACGAGUACCUGGAGCAGAUGGCACAGGCCAGGGCCUGGCGGAAGACGGCAGCUGCGACUGGCAGCUGUUUGCGAGGUCGGGGUUACCAGGGCAGCGCCGUCAGUUUGUCAGACGCUGCAGCGCAAGACGUUCGGCUCGAAGACAGAAGCGUCACCGACUUGCAGUCAGAAAAUCAGACCAGUCGGUUGUCUGCUUUUGACAGACAGUUCGACUUCUCGGCGGAAAGUGCGAGUCUCCCAUUUGUCUCCACCGCGCAGGAGAUGAAUCGUCAGGAGCUCCCAGCGGUCGACCUCAGCCUGCCGCCCCUGUCCCCUGGUGCGAUCAGCAUCAGCGCUCGAGACAGGAAGUUGGCAGACCUGCAGCAGAGCUUCUCCGAGACGCUGAGUCCGCUGUCUCCUCGAAACGAGGGCAUGGCGGCUUUGAGCCGGAGGACUCAAGACCUGUAUCAGGAAGAGCUGCGACAACAAAUCGAGGAGAAGCGACGGCUGGAAGCGGAGCAGAAGGAACGAGAGAGGCGGGAAGAAGAGGCGAUAAUGAGACGGCUGGCCAAGCAGCAAGAACAGAUGCAGAGAGAAUACGAGCGGGAGGAAGCCCAGAGGAAGGCCCUCGCUGAAAGGCGUGCCCAGCAAAUGGAAGAGGUCUUACGUCGUCGAGAGGAGUUAGAGCGGGAGGCCGUGGAGUCCCGGAAGAAGACUAAACGGAAACUGGAGAAGCAGAGAGAGAGUUACGAUGGCAUUGCGGGCCCGAAAUCUCUUCCCGUGCCGGAUGCGAGAGUGGAAAGCGUCGGCGCUCCCGUCGACGCCAUUAAGUACGGCAGACGUAAAGCCUCUUCAAACGAGCAUCCGGUAGCCGGCAGUGUAGGAAUGGCGGUGUCUACAGCUUGCACAGGUCAGUUCAGGAAUGCUGCCGGCGGCGAGGGAGCAACACAUUUCAAACUGUACGGACUGGAGAAGCUUCACCCGAAGGACGUCAGUACGUACAAGCAUCGAGGAAUGAAACAUUCCCCGCCAACCAGAGAACACCAGCAGCCCGACCAGAAGGAAAAAAACUCGAGCGAGCAGUCCCGACGUGGCAGAGUGCCGCUGAAGAUGCUGGACAACCUUGGAAGAGACCAGAAUCUGGAGGACACUCUGCCGAUACCCGUGUUCCGAUGUCGCUCGCCUGUCGUUCCCGCUGUGCGCCACAGGGCUUCCUUGCAGUAUGUGCCUCAUUCUCCAGUUUCCAGGAGGUACUCUGAAGGCAUGCAGAUACUGGAAUCAAAGUGGCAGGUGCCAGCGGUCCAGAAGAACCACCUACAGACGACGGACAGGUUCCAGCAGGCCCGCCACAACAACGAGCUCACUCAGCUCGGGGCGUUCAGGCGCCAGAUGCAGCUGGAGCAGAUGAGGCUGGAUGAGAUGCUGCAGCAGCAGCAGCAGCAGCAGCAGCAGCAGCAGCAGCAGGGUGUCAAGAAGGCCUGAAGACGCCGUCUAGUCGAGCGAGGGCUGUCCUAGCUGUUCCCAGACACCAUGUAGCUGACGCUGUCUUCGAGUGCCAUAUAAUGUUUUUAGGGACAAGAUUUUGUGGCGCGUGAUAAAACUGAAAUAACGUGGAAAUGCGAGUCAAUGCCUACUCCACAGAACACAGGUAAAAAUCCUCUUAAGAAAAUCCUACUUAAUAAGAUUUCCUGCACGGUAAGUGUAAAAAAAAUCUAGCACACAACCUGUAAAUACAUAAAAAUUUAUUAAUUUAAUAUAAUUUCCCAGUUAGUAAAUUUUAAUUCCUGAGUGCCUUGAGAAACUUCUUAACAAGGAUUUACUGUAACAAUGAAAUUAGGGCGAUUCUGAUAACAAUACCUGGUAUCAAGAUGGCCACCAACGUUCAGCUCUCAGCUGAAACAAAGAAAUCUGCACAGGUAUCGAAGGGAUCGAAAAAUUUUUUGCAAAACUUUGUUGUUUUAUUUAAUACUUGUCUUGGAUAAAAGCAUAUUUAAGCAAACAUUUCUCUAAGAAUUCGGUAAACUUUCAGCUAAUUUGUGAAUGUAGCAUUGGUUAUCAUCCUAUUGUUAUUGUGCAACAUAAUAAUGCACAACGCGUAGAGAUCUGAAAAAGGAGACUUUAUUUUUUCUUUAAAACAGUGUUUUUGCUUGCUAAUAAUUAUACUUAGUAAUAAAAUGAUGUCUUAACAUCAGCAGAGUAUGUAUUAAAAAUUGCAUUGAAAUUAUUUUUUCAUAUACUGUGGCCAGUAAUUGCUAAUUUAGGUGGUUAUAUCAGGUAUUGGUGGUGAUAUCAGGGGAAAACAUUACUCAAACUGCCAAAAUUGUAUUAAUUAACUUUAAAAAUUAAAUUAUUGCAAAUGUUUUAGUUUGCUGUCAGUAACAAUAUGACUGGAGCAAGUGAAUUAUGAAAUUGAAUCAUGUUCCUUUAUUGAUAACACUCCACAUAUUACUGUGUUCCUACCUUACAAAUUCUGAAAUGCACUUCAAGUUACAAAAAUACUUGCGGACUUUAUCUUUUUUCCUGAGUAAUUUUGUCGUAGAAAUUCACAUGACCAACAUCUUAUUAUUAAUAAUACUGCUUAAAUAGUAUUCAAAAUUACACUUUUAAAAAAAAGAAGAAGCAUUUUUAGGAAAUAUGCUAUUGUAUUUUAGUUUUAAUAAUACAUCAUAUUAUUAAAUAAACAUUUACGGUAUAAUUAAUACAAUAACACUGAUAUCAUCUAUUAAAAGAAUAUUCACUUUAAAAUAUCAUAAAAUCUUGUCUCUAUCUGUAUGUAGUUUUGCAAUGUUUUUUUUUUUACCUUUUUUUUUACAUUAUUUUAUACAUUUAUAGUCUUCUUUUCUGUUUGUAUUGUUUCAUAACUGGUAAAGGCAUUGUUCUUUUAUUGUUUACCAGCACUAGUGAUAUUAGUGGGCUAGUUCGAUAUUGCUCUGCACCAAUCAAACCGUAUCAGUGGCCAGUAGAUAUUAGUACCGAUAUAUAAAAAGGAUGUAAUUUUUGUGGGAAUAAUCGACACUGAAGUUUGUUAAAAACUAAGUAAAGGAAUGUCUCCUAAACAUUUCAGCUCUAAAAUUAGAUUUCUGGUGAUAGUAAAGGUAUUUUCAUAAAUAUGUACAUACAGCUGAAAUGUUGUAAGGGUAAUACCUACAUAUAUUCUUGUACUGCUUGUCACACAACUUGUAUAGAUACUAUUUGGAAUUUUGUAUUCAACAGUUCAGCCUUUGUAAAUAGCAUGUCAGCUUUUAAAGACACAACUGGUUGUGAUUAUCAGUGUCAGUUUGUAGCAAUUGGUGAUAUCUGUUUUAAAGUUUAACCAUGAAUCAUGAUAGGACAUAAUGAUAUGUUUUUUUUAUAUAUGAUUAUUAGGCCUGUGCAUAUAUUCAAAUUUACCAACACCAAACUUUUCAUAUUCAAUUUAACCUUGAAUACUAACACUUCGAAAUAAUGAAUAUUUGUUUGCUUAAAAAUAUUUUACAUAGCAUAGGUCGUGAGUUUGUCGUAUACCAAUGUUCACUGUUGAGAUUCUCAUUUCUGCUGUACAAAUACCCUUUUUAGAUGUUUUAAUGGGAUUUCAUAAUCAAAAACAUGAACAAUUAACAACCUUUUAAACAUGUAACAAAUAUUCAAAGUGGGGUCCCCUCCCUCCCUGCUACUGUCUUGCUAAAUAGUAAUGGAAAAAUUGCUUGAGCCUUUCAAAACACAGCAUGUAUAACUUGAAAAAAUAAUGUUAUUUGUAUUCAUUUCGGCACAUGCACCAGAUGUGGGAAGAAAUAAAUAAAUGUCAACAAAUAUUUACUACAACACCACAAAAAAAACAGACACUCCAUUACAAUGGCCAUUAAAAGACCUAUGCUAUAUGUCAUAGUUAUUUAGGUAUACAGUGUAUACCUAAAUCAAUGGUCACAAUCGAUCUACCAGCUUACUUGCUGUAUGUAUCUAUGACAAAAAAAGAUGUUGUGACUCAAACAUAUAUAAAAAAUAUAAAUAAUGGUUUAAGAUUUUAGAUUAAAUUAGUAGAAAUUGUGUUUGUAAUAUUGCUGAACCAAAGUAAAAUUUACUUGGCUGCAGUUAAAAAAAAAACUCAUGAAUAACUAGGGUUUAAGUAUGUAAAUAUGGGCUGAUUUAAUCACUAAUCACAGAAAUUAAAAAAAAAAAAAUCAAGAUUAUUGGAAAUUGGUUGCAUUGCAUUUCACAGUACAAUGCGGUUCACAAAAAUUUUCUGGAUCAAAUGUAGAGUAGUAGGUCGUGGAAAAUAAGCAAAUAUGAACUGAAAUGAAAGGUUGGUUAGUUGGUUAGGUUUAGUUAGAUUAGGUUACGUUAAGUUUGUUUUAUUUCUUGUUCACACCUUUAUUCUCUAUUCCACAUGAUACAUCUCCUCCAUCUUUUUUCUACCUUCUUCUUCCUGCCUCAUGGCCUCUGCACCUCCAUGUGGCCAUGAUGUCCACUACAAUACAUAUUACAUCCUUCCACCUUUACAAUUACUUCUUUAGCUCUACAUAACUCAACAUUAUGUGAUACAUAUAACAAUACUCCACUACAUUUACCGAUGACACACACCCUCUCUUACUCUUAUAGUACAUGACAUGUUACAUCAAACAAACAUAUAAAUACUUUAUUAACUGACAUGUUACAUAACCUCACCAUCUCUUACUGCAACAUAAGAUACUACUAAUAUCACUCAUUACAUAACAAUACUCCUCUCCUCUCACUUCCAGACCUGUGUUUACUCAUAUUCUGCUAGCCACCUAGGUUUAUGCACACAUCUCCCCGAUCUCGUCCACCUCUCCUUAGGUUGCUCCUUGCUUGGGGUGGUUCCCUGUUCACCCUCUUCAAUAUUUGGCUCAUUUAAUUCCCCAUUGUUAUCCACACCUACACUGGUCUGUUUAUCGGACUCAUUCAUGUCCCCAUCGAUAUCUACAUCGACACUGGUCUGUUUCCUUCCCGAUUCCUUUAAAUCUAUCCUAUUUCUUCUGAAUUCUCGUCCCCACCUAUCACUCACAACAUAGGACCGCGGAUAUAUACUUUCCUUUACUAUUCGACCUGGCUGCCAUGUACCUGUCACCUGCUCUCUCAUCACGACCUCUUGCUCCGGCUUUAGAACUGGCAACCUUUUACUCCCCUUAUCAUAAUACGUUUUACUACGCUCCGAUUGCUCCAUUUUUUGCUUGAUCACCUCUGCUGUACAAUCUCUGAGUGGACUGGCAUCUUCGUUUUGCAAACUCUUCCCAUCAGUAACUGAGCUGGCGAGUGUCCCAUAUGUUUGAGUGGCGUAUUCCUGUGCUUCAAUAACAUGCUCCAGAUAUCCCCAGAGUGCAGGCCCAGUUUGCGACACAUCUGUUUACAGAUUCCCACCCCUUUUUCCGCUAGCCCGUUACUCUGCGGGUAAUUUGGACUUGUGAGUUUUACUUCAAACUUCCACUGCUCUGCAAACUGCCUGAAUGUGUGACUGCCAAAUGGUACAUUGUCUGCACUUACCAUAUCUGGAACACCAUGUGUUGCGAAUAUCGACUUGCACUCCCCUAUUACGCUAGAUGCUGAUUUGUCUCUAAUUGCCCGCAUCUUCACCCAGUUAGAAUAAGCAUCUAUAACUACCAAGUGUGACUGUGUCCCGUAUGUAAAAAUGUCAGCUCCUACCCUAUCCCACGGUCGUUCUGCUAUUGGCCACGAGUGUAGUGGCUCUUUGCAAUUCUGCCUACUGACCCUUUCACAUGUUGCACAAUGUUUCACCCAUGUCUCCACAUCUGUACUGAUUCCUGGCCAGUAAUAUAAUUGCCGCUCCCUUGAUUUAGUUUUUUCAAUACCCAUGUGACCCUCAUGAAUUUGCCUUAAUACUUCUGCUCUACACUCUUGUGGUACAACUAUCUUGUUUCCCAACAACACUAUUCCUUCCCACUCAGAUGGAGCCUCCCUGUUUUUCCAAUAUAUCUCCACCUUCUGCUCUACCCUUUCUUUUUAUUCUGGCCAUCCUUCUCUAAUGUAAUGGAGCACCUUAUUUAACUGCGCAUCCGCUAGUGUGUUGUGUUUUAAUUAUUGUUUUUGCCUGUCUGCUACAAGAAUGUUGUCUACUACUACUUGUACUGCACGUGUCACCUCCAUAUCUUGAUUCUGCUCCAGUUGUCCCAUGCAUGCCCUGGAUAAUGUGUCUGCUAUGUAUUGCAACUUCCCAGGGAGAUAACAAACAUUUACAUCAUAUUCGAGCAUUUUUAACCUCAGUCGUUGAAGCCUGGCCGACAGUUUGUUCAGAUCCUGCUUGCAGAUUGAUACAAGCGGCUUAUGAUCUGUGAACACUGUAACCUUGUGAUGGCCAUAUACAAAGUUGUGAAACUUAGACAUUGCAAACUGCACAGCCAACAGCUCCUUUUCAACUUGUGCAUAGCACUCUUCGUGUUCAUUAAGACUGCGUAAAGAAAAGACCACAGGGUGGUCUUUCUGCAUUAGGCAGGCCCCCAGCCCAUCUUUGCUAGCAUCCGCAAACACCUGUAUAGCCUCUUUCGGAUCAUAAAAUGCAAGCACCGGUUUCCUACACAGCAGCACUUUUAGUUUCUCAAAGCUCUCCUUGUGCUCCAACUCCCACCUCCACCCUGCCUCUUGCCUCGUUAACAUCCUUAAGGGGGCGAACACAUGAGACAAGUUGGGGAUAAAUUUCCCUACAUACUUCACCAUCCCCAGAAACCUUAAUACAUCACCCCUACACUGAGGUUCCUUCAUCUUCAAUACUGCCUGCACAUACCCCUCAUCUGGUCUAACACCUUCUGCACAAAAUGUUUGCACUACUUUUCAUCUGCACUUUUUUUCUGUUAAACUUAACAUUGUAUCUCCUAGCGCGUUCUAGCACUGUAACCAGUCUGCUGUCAUGUUCCUGUUCAGUUUUUCCCGCUACUAUGAUAUCGUCAAAAUAUAUUUGGACUCCCGGUAAGUCACCAAACAAUUCUACAUUUUUCCUUUGAAAUACUUCCGGGACCGACUUGAUUCCAAAUGGCAUACGCAAAAAUUGGUAUCUGCCAAAUGGUGUCCCAAACACACGUAAAUCGGCACUACUCGGAUCUAGCGGUACCUGAUAAUAGCCUUCCUUCAUGUCCAACACUGUAAAAAAACUGUUGCCUGCCAUUUGAGCUGCAAUGUCAUCCCCUGUUGGUAUGACAAAAUGUUCCCGUUGUAUUGCUGCAUUGAGGUGCACUGGAUCCAAACAUAAUCGCAAUUCUUUAUUGGGUUUUUCUAGAAUUACCAAUGCAUUAACCCGUUCAGUUGGUUUGUCCAAUUUUUUUAACUACACCUAACACUUCCAACUCCUCUAACUUGCUUUUCAGCCUCUCAACUAGUCCAUACGGUACUCUCCUCGUAGCCUCUGUGUGGACGUGCACCGUCAGCUAGUACAAUUUUAUAUGUGGACGGAAAACGUCCUAGACCUGAGAAGACAUCUUCAUAUUCAUGAAGUAACUUAGGCAUGAUUGGCAUACUUGUGCUACCAUUAUUAAUUAAAUGGACACGUUUAAGUAAAUUCAAUUUAACACAGUCCCCUAAACCCAGCAAUGCUGGCUGACCAGCUACAUCUAUAACUAGAAACGACACACCUACAUUACUCUCCAUACCUUUUGAUUUACAUUGAAAGACCCCAAUUCCUAACACAUUUGUCUUAAAUUCUGGAUUUCCAUAUGACAGAAUGACAGUGUUGGUCUGUUUCAAAUCAUCAACACUGAAUCCUAACUCUGUGUACAUUUCCAAUGGUAAUACAGAUACAUCAGCACCCGAGUCUAACUUUACUAGUAACCUCUGCUUAUCAUUAACUAAAAUGUGUUCAUACCACACCCUUGAUUUUGUACUGCCAUCAACUGAGCUUAUGUACACGCGCUGCCGAUCAUUGUCAGUAUCCUGCACCUCACGCACGGAGUUGACUGUCUUACCUUCGUUCGUCCUUAGUCCCUCCUUCCCAUCACGUUGUCUACAUACCUUGGCAAAGUGAUUUUUCCUGUGACACUUCGCACAAAUUUUAUUAUAUGCCGGACAUCUUCCCUUCUGAUGAUUAUACCCACAAUUACCGCACCAUGAUUGCAUCAUGGGCCGCGGCUGUUGUGGAUGAAGGAUCUUGUUGAGUUAACGGCUGAUGUUAUCUCCGCACUCUCCUGCAAGAUCCUCGUCUGUUGUUUGCUUGUCUCCGCUGCUUUACACAACGCCACAGCUUUCUUCAAAUCCAGUGCCGGUUCCCGUAACAGUCGUUCUUGCACCAUUUUGUCUCCAAUACCUAUUACCACACGAUCACGAUCCAUUGCCUCCCCAUCUGUAUAUUCACACGUCUUGACUGCUGUUUUUAACGCCGUUAAGAAACUGUCAAAUGACUGUCCUUCCACUUGUAUUAUCUUUCCGAACUUGAACCGUUCCACUAUCACAUUUUUCUGUGGCGCACAAUACUCUUCAAAGGCAUCUACCACUUGCUUAUAACUAUUGCCAGAUGCCUCAUCAAUGUUAAACGUAUUAAACAUUUCCAACCCGUCAUCUCCGAUGCAGUUCAACAGCAAUGCCACUUUCAACCCAUCAUCUCCUUUGUCCUUGCCAGACGCUCGUAGAAAUAUUUCAAAACGCUGUCAGAAUCUUUUCCAAUUCUCAGGUACAUUUGAUGACAAGUCCAGCACCUCCGGUAACCUAUAAGACCCGUCCGCACUUUGAGUCUCCAUGUCUCUCUGCAAAUCUACGUUAGGCACAAGCACAAUUCACAUCUGACACCAUGUUUUAUUUCUUGUUCACACCUUUAUUCUCUAUUCCACGCGAUACAUCUCCUCCAUCUUUUUUCUACCUUUUUCUUCCUGCCUCAUGGCCUCUGCACCUCCAUGUGGCCAUGAUGGCCACUACAAUACAUAUUGCAAAGUUAGCUGCAUUAUUAAAAAAACAACUUAUUUCAUAAUUUAAAUAUUUUAGCAAACAUUUUCCAUAUAAUUGUUGAACUGACUUGACUUAACCAACCUUUCACUUUAUUAUUAUUUGUCUAAUAUUUCAGAAGAUGUUACAUGCUGUCAAAACAAAUUUUUUAUUAGGAUUCUCAUUCUUAUUAUUUUAAUUUGAUAUUUGUAUUCUAGAAUAAUUUGGUAUUCGUAUUUGAUUUACACUAAAAAAAAAAAAUUCACUCAGCCCAAAUUAUUACAGACUAUAAAGUAACAUAUGGGUUUAGGAAUGUAUACCUUCUUUUUUACCACCAGCUGUAGAGGUUGAUUGUAAAGUUCUAAUAAUUUCUAGACCUUUCAUUUGAGAUGGUAACCCAGCUGUUCUUGGUUGUUAAGAGUUUAUUUCAAAAUUAAUAAUCUGGCUAAUGUACAUUUUGAAAUGCUGAAUUUCAGUACAUUUGUAAUUUUAAAAGCUGAAUCUGACUACUUUUUUUUUUAAAUUUAAACUAAAACUACAAAAAAAAGCUAUUCUUGAGUACUUUAUUUAGAAAUAUUUAUUUAUCAUUGUGCAAGAUUCUUAUUUAUUCUGAACUUUCAGCAUUAAUUUAAACAUUGUCAUUAAUAUUGCAGAUAGUUGACAAAUGUAACUACAUAAUACUAACAGUAUAUUUUAUUUAGUGUGCUGUAGCUUCCUUUUGUGGCUUUGAGGGCCUACCGGUGUUGCGUUUUAUACUGAUUGCGGAAAUAGUGGGCGCCACCACGUGAGUGGGCACGUGGACCUGACUGGAAACUCUUACUCAGGGCGUCACGUAGCCCGUGUGAGGCGAGAUAUUGGCCCUCCUGACUCCGGCGUUGACACCUGUACCUAGCCCGCUCUCAGCGUCGGGCACGCUCCUACCUAAUCGCAGUGGGCUUUUAGGGCGUCCCACAUGCCGCUGACUGGAGGAACGACCCACGUGGCCCCCAAACACAACAACACGUGACUCGUUUAAGUUGAUUUAUUUAGACUUUAAUGCCCUCUUGAAACGCCCGAGGCGUGAAUUUAUAUAUACCGUAUUGAGGAGGCGGACCACACACGUGGCCGCCCCAAGCUUUUACGUAGAGAGAAUGCAAAAAACUCCUGGGAGUAUAAAAACUAUUUAAGAUACAGCCCCACCGACCGAGAGAGGCCCCGAGGAUAAUAAUAAAACGGUUUAGAUUAAUUAAAUAUACAGAGCUGCCUAUCAGUGAAUCAACAGUGAUGUCCUCGGGGUGUUUGCAGAGACGUCCGCUCUCGGCCGGCUGAAGGAGACUGAGGCAAGCCAAGGAUUGUGGCGUCCUUCGCGCCGAACACAAUUACCGUUAUAAUUUGUAAGACUGCGUGCCUCAGGUUAUUAGAAAGAAUAACAUGAACCUCUUACAAAAUUAAUACAUACAUACCCACGACCAGACUUUCUGUAAUAACUACUUGUACAUGGAAAACAGUUUAAAUAAAGUUUCAUAUUAGUUCCGUCGUCGCCCGCUAGGUCAUUGGCCGUGCUUGCACUUACUUUAUUAAAAUUAUUUAAUUAAGGAACAAAAGAACACUCACUCGGCUGACCUGUCGUAACAUUAUUUAGGGGUUAAAAAAAAAGGCUUACAAUAUUAAUUUAGGUGUUUUAGUGGUAUGAAGCACUGAAGCUAACCGCCCUCUUGCGGCAGUUCGUGGCGCGCAAUUCAAACACCCACACAACUACGUACGUAUCUGUACAAAUUCCGGGCAGGAUAGAGAUGGGGAGGGAAACGGAGGAUAACCAGGCUCAUGGGGCGAAGCCCCGGCUGACGUCAGCUUAAAUGCCUUUGCUGUGUGCUUGAUUUCAUACUCAUUGUGAUGUGAACAGUGUACUGAAUUUCAAGAAGGAUAUGUGGGACUUUAAUGCGUUAGUGUAGUUUGUUAAUAAGUUUGUUAAUAAGCUCUUUGAAAGAAGCAGUUGUGGCAUUGUGUUUUUAAUUAAGAGCAUAGUUUAAGGGUCCCACCUAGUCAUGGGUGCGGGGCUGUGGACUGAUGCACAGUUUUCUCGUUGUGCAUUGGGCAUUUAUGAGUUGGAGUAGUGACAGUAACAUUAUACAACUGAGAAAUGAAGAUAAAGAUGUAAUGCAAGUCCAUUGAGUGCUCUCAAGAAUCUCUGCUGGGUAUUUCAUGCCUAAAUAUUGUUCUGAAAACAUGCUUUAGUCAUUUUCACUCUUUUAAAAAUACACUUUAAAAAACAAAUCACGGAAACAGAACUACUCAUUUGUCCUGGGCACAUUAAUAAUUGCUUUAUUUUACACAGGCAUCACUCUGAUACAUUGAGUAGUUUUCAAAUCACAGUGUUUUUUUUUCUCUUCUGGUGCCCUGCACACAGUUUGUGUUCCUGGGUAAGCAGGGGCCUGAAGGGAGAGGAUAUCAAGAUAUAUCCUCCCUGAAAUUCAGUGAAAUAGAGAUACUGUAUUAUUCUUGUAGUUGCACUUUGAUUACUUAAUUUUUGUAAGUUGUGUUGUUUGUCCUAAAAUAUACCUAUGUUAAAUAUCACUAUUUAGGCUGCUAACUUAAAUAUUUUCAGAAAAAAAUCCCCCUCUAAAUGUUAAUUAUUUGUGUUUGUAUACCUCUUUGUGUAACAUUAUAUAUAUUUUAAUAUGUAGUGUGUAAGUGAUAGUUCAUGUACGAGUAAGUUAAAACAUGCAAAUGGAUGAUUUUAUUUAAAAAAUUUAUUAAUAUCAUAGAAAAUUUAGCAAGUUGAGAUUUUAACAUUUGACUGCUGAUUAAUUUCCUAUUUAAAGAUAACAAUUAGAAAAAUUGAUUACCUUAAAGUUAUAGCAACAUUUUUAGUUCCGCCAAUUAAUGCUUGCAUUCAUCUUUGAAUAUACUCUAGUUUUUGUGACAAAAUUUUUGUAUUGUUAGCAUAGGUACUUAGUUUUUGUAGAACUGAAGAGUAAUUAUUAAAAAAAAAUUAUUUUAUGGUACAGUAAUGGCUCCUUCAUCUGGCAUGUUGGAAACCACAGCUGUGUCUGAUUAUUGAAUGUCAGUGUAGUUUGAAUGGGAAUGCAAAAGAAAAGUUAACAUUUAAUUCAAUGAUAUUUAAAACUAGUUGAUUUAAGUUGCUCUGUGGCAAGAAAAAGUAUGAUAAACACUGAGCGAACUAAGAGCGAGGGCAGCACAGUGGCGGUCAAGGUUCACAAAUGCACAAAUCCCCAUGAAAAUCUACGAACACAAGUAGAUACCCUAGGUUGAUGUCAAAUUAUAGAAUUGCAAACCAAAGAAGUGGUAUUAAUAAAGUGCCGAAUAAAAAUAAUAUUAUAGUGUACUUUAAACUAUUGUUUACUCAAAGCUUAUGUAAUCCUGUUAAUCUAUUAAUUAGUAAAACGCCAGAUUUUCUUGUCGCCAAAUGUUGUGUCAAGGACAUUUGAGUUAUGAGUUUUGUUAAUCAGGAAGUUUGUUCAGUUUGUGUGGGUUUGCUCUUAUCGUAGGUAAAGCUGCAAUAAUGAAUAAGUGUGAUGGCAAAUAAUUUGUAAGGUAGCACAUGUGCUAUAAACUAAAUGCCUUAAUAAUCAAAAUACGCUUUCAUGAUUGAUUACGUCCUUGUGAUUUAUGCACAUUAUGAAAAUGCCUUUUCGCCAUACUCAUGUAUGAACAGCGGUAUGUACACGUAGGCUGUGCUGCAUGCAAUAUGUUAACUGUUAAGAUGAGAUUGUUGAAGAGAGAUUUGUUAUAUUUCACCGAUGUGUCUUUGGAAAUUGUGUAUGUUUAAGUGUGGUAGGAAUGAAAUGUCAUUGCUUGUUGAAAAGCUGCUAUAUUUUUGACUGCUUCAGUCCAUGAAGGUCGCAAAAAAUGUUCAGUCGAAAUACUAUGUAUUUUUGUAAAACCCAUAGCUGUUGAUGACUUGACUCAGCUUGACUAAUAUUCAACCUAGAUAACUUUUUCAACCUGUGCACUUGCCAUUAAUUACCAUAUUCACUUGUUAGGAGGUUUUGCCCAGAAAAUGUUUUUGUGCAACUAUUUCAAGUGUUUGUAUUACUAGUAAUAAAUUUAUUUUGAAAACA